UAUUUGAAAAUGGCGGAUGAUGCAUCAAGCAGUAGCGGUAUUACCGGUAAUACGGUUGAAAAUUCAAUUAAUCAAGAUGAAUUGAUAAUGAAACAGCAACGUGAAAUAGAAAAAGAGAUAUCGGAAACAAUACCGCUGGUUGGUGAAAUUGAAGAAUUGCAGACUUUAGAGAAAGAAUAUAACGAGGAUCCGAUUUAUUUGCUCAAAGUGAAAGAUUUGUCUUCGAAAUACAAAAGCAUUAGACGAACGCGUCCCGAUGGCAAUUGUUUCUUUCGCGCGUUCUCAUACGCAUAUUUGGAACGCUUACUGACUGAUAAGCAGGAAUAUGAUAAGUUUUACGAAAUAGCAAAAAAUUCUAAAGAUAUUCUUGUCGCCUUAGGGUUUUCGCAGUUCACCGUUGAAGAUUUUUACGAAACUUUUAUGGAAGUAAUCCAAAGAGUAGGGGAACAUGCUGGUUCUACUCCGGAUUUGAUAGAAACAGUUCGUAUGGAGCUUCAUGAUAAGUUCAACAAGCAGGGAUAUUCUGAUUACAUAGUGGUGUACCUUCGUCUUAUCACAUCUGGUCAGCUGCAGACAGACCAAGAAUUUUAUCAGAAUUUUAUUGAAGGACCACGCACUGUUACUGAGUUUUGUAGACAGGAAGUGGAACCGAUGUACAAAGAGUCUGACCAUAUCCAUAUCAUAGCAUUGAGUAAUGCACUCAAGGUGUGUGUCCGAGUGAAGUACAUGGAUCGGGGUGAAGGUAGUCAGGUGAUAGCACAUGAUUUUCCAGAGGGUUCUACUCCGCUUGUCCAUCUACUUUACCGGCCUGGCCACUAUGAUAUAUUGUAUGCGUGAUCAAACAUUUUCUUACCAUAAAUUAUACUUUAUA